AUGGAGAAAAGGUUCGCAACUCAGAGGAAAGAAGAAGAAGAAGAAGCAACUCAGAUAUUAACGAUUUACCAGAUUCGUUGCUUUGUUCCUGUUUUCGACUUGCUACUAGCUAGCUGCCCUGUUCUUGAAAUGCUAACCGUAAUCAGGGAUCGCUUUGAGCUUCUUGAAACCAUGAGUGUGCGCUCCAAGUCUUUGAUAAGUUUCGCUCUAGGGAUUGAGGAUUACGAAGUUGGUCUCUUGGGAGACGAUCAUGUUGUGGAAAUCGAUGCUCCGAGGCUUGAGCAUAUGAGUCUCUGUGAUCACUUAUCUGGAAGCAUCAUCAUUCACAGUAUUGCUCCCUCUGCAUUGGUGAAAAUCGAUGUUAACUUUGAUGGGAAGGACCGUUAUGCAUUACUGUACCAAGAUUAUGAUGAUGAUGAUGAUGAUGAUGAUUCCAAUUCCAAGAGGACUAUGAUCCGUAAUUUCCUCACCAGAAUAUCGACAGUCUGUGGCAUGGAGAUCUCUUCUGUUACUCUACAGGUACGCACACUCAUGAUGUUGUUGAUUCAAUAACAACAGUAUAUACCUAAUAGAAAAAAUGCAUGAUUAUCAUUACUUUUUUAAUUCUUUUUAAUAUUGUAAACACAGGUCAUCCAUGAUUACUCAAAAUGGGAACCGUUACCUCAGUUCUCUG